AUGUUAUUUGCGGUUCCUUGCAUUGUUGUAGCUCUUAUUGCUGCCGUUUUUGCCGAACCAGCAAUAAAUAAUGCAAGUCAAUCACCAAGACCCGGUACCAGACCUGGAAGAUUUUUGUCAUUACCCGUACCUAACAAAUGCAGUUCACGUCCAAAAGAAUGGAAUUACAGAGGACACAAUUAUUUCUUCAGUGGACAUCAUCCACAAUUUAGAAACAAAAGAGUGGACUGGUUGGACGCCAGAAAUAUUUGUAGAGAAUAUUGUAUGGACUUAGUUUCAAUGGAAACUCAAGAAGAGAAUAAUAUGGUAUUUAGACUUAUUCAACAAAAUAAUGUCCCUUACAUCUGGACCAGUGGUCGUCUUUGUGACUUUAAGGGAUGUGAAAACCGCAGAGAUUUGGAACCUAAAAACAUUUUUGGAUGGUUUUGGUCUGCCACUAGAGGAAAGAUGGCACCCACCAAUCAAAUUCCUAAUGGAUUUGGGUACAAUCCAUGGAGUUUUUCAGGACAUAAGAGACAAAGACAACCAGAUAAUGCUGAAUUUGAUAUCAAUGGAACCAAUGAAUCUUGCAUGAGUGUACUCAACAAUGUUUACAAUGAUGGAAUAGCUUGGCAUGAUGUUGCUUGCUAUCAUGAAAAGCCAUUCAUUUGUGAAGAUAGCGACGAAUUGCUUAACUAUGUUGCAAGUACCAACAGGGGUAUCCGUCUGUAA